ACCGGAAGCAGUCGGCGGCGUACGAGUUCUCGGCGGGACGGGCUUCAUCCUGCAGCGGCUACAGGAUGGUGGGCGGCGGCGGGAAGCGCAGGCCCGGCGGGGAAGGGCCGCAGUGUGAAAAAGCAGUCGCCGUGAAGAAGGGUAAAUGCUGUGAAGCUGACGUGCCCAGUGACCUUCGAAAAGAAGUAGAAAGUCAUUACAGGCUUUCUCUGCCUGAAGAUUUCUAUCACUUCUGGAGGUUCUGUGAAGGACUUGAUCCUGAACAGCCAGCUGAUUCACUUUCUGCAAGCCUUGGGCUUCGAUUAGUGGGUCCUUAUGAUAUCCUUGCCGGAAGACAUAAAAUGAAGAAAAAGUCAGCAAGCCUGAACUUUAACCUUCACUGGAGAUUUUACUAUGAUCCUCCUGAGUUCCAGACCAUUAUUAUUGGAGAUCGUAAAACUGAGUUCCACAUGGGCUAUUUCAGGGAUUCUCCUGAUGAACUUCCUGUAUUUGUCGCUACAAAUGAAGCAAAGAAAAAUUGUAUAAUUGUUCAAAAUGGAGAUAAUGUGUUUGCUGCAGUCAAAUUAUUUUUGAUGAAAAAACUUAAAGAAGUAACAGAUAAAAAGAAAACUAGUCUCUUGAAAACCAUAGAUGAGAAACUCACAGAAGCAGCCAGAGAACUGGGGUUCUCACUGGAACAGAGAACCGUGAAGAUGAAACAGAGAGAUAAGAAAGUCGUGACAAAGACCUUUCAUGGGGCAGGCUUGGUUGUCCCAGUAGAUAAAAAUGAUGUGGGAUACAGAGAGCUCCCUGAAACGGAUGCCAGUCUCAGGAGAAUCUGCAAGACGAUUGUGGAGGCCCCCAGUGAUGCUGAGAGACUCAAAGCUUUUGCUCCUGUUCAGGAAAUGAUGACUUACGUGCAGUUUGCUAAUGAUGAGUGCGAUUAUGGGAUGGGGCUGGAGCUGGGGAUGGACCUCUUCUGCCACGGUUCCCACUAUUUUCAUAAAGUCGCUGGCCAGCUUUUACCUCUUGCGUAUAAUCUGUUGAAGAGGAAUCUCUUUGCAGAAAUUAUUGAAGCUCACCUGGCGAACAGAAGCAGAGAGGACGUGGACCAGCUUGCAGCAUGAGUGGGAGGUGCCUCUCGGGCAUACAGUAUUUCAGAGCUUCAGUAUGAAACAUGAUGUUUGUUUUUAAGGAGUACAGAAAAUAAAUGGACGGAAACAUUUGCUAAAAACUUU